UAGAAGACGUGUAUUUAGCGAAUGUUUAUUAGAACCGCUAUGAAAUAUAGCUAACUGAUUGUUAUUUUGGUUCUGUUGUUUCGGUAUCGACUGCGAGUUAUUUGAGAAAAAAUGGUAAAAAUGCUGAAGAAGCGAUCCGUCUGCCUGGCGCUGGCCGUGUUCCUGGGGACGGUUGCGGUUUCCGUGGCACAGGGCCAUGCUCCCGUGCCGCCAUCGCCAGAUCCUUCACCAGUUUCCACUACACCGAGCACCCAGUCUUGCGGCGAGAAAGGGCAGCUCGCCGCCCGACCAGAACCUGACCCGAGCGUACGGCGCGUAGCGUUCCGCGCGCGCCUUAAAGAGCCAAUAGACCACUACAGACGGGGCUCUAUAGGGCUGAUGUUCAAGCCGGGGUUGCGGGGUAAGCACAAUGAGGCACCGCGAUCUCCGCCCAGUUAG